UGCAUGCAUGUGAACUUUUACCAUUCUGCAAGACAACACCAGUGCGAAUGGCUGAACUAACAGACUCGUACUACUUAGGAUUUGACUUUAGCACCCAACAGCUGAAAGUCAUUGCUAUUGAUGGAAAGCUUCAGGUUACUCACCAGAGCAAUGUCCAGUUUGACAGUGACCUUCCAGAGUUCAGGACUCAGGGGGGAGUCCACAUCCACGAGGACAGAGUGACCGUAACCUCUCCAGUGCUCAUGUGGGUCAAGGCACUUGACAUCCUUCUUGAGAAGAUGACGAGUGCUGGAUUUGACUUCUCUCGUGUGAAAGCUGUUUCAGGCAGCGGGCAGCAACAUGGCAGUGUGUACUGGAAAAAGGGAGCGAGGAAAACUCUGCAGUGUCUGGAUCCGGGAAGAUGUUUACACGGCCUGCUGCAGGAUUGUUUUGCUGUCCAGGACAGUCCAGUGUGGAUGGACUCCAGUACUGCAGAGCACUGUAAGAACCUUGAGUGUGCAGUAGGUGGUGCUCAACAACUCACUGAUAUGACUGGGUCCCGGGCCUAUGAGCGCUUUACUGCAAAUCAGAUUGCCAAGAUCUACCAGUUACAGCAGGACAGAUACAAUGAGACUGAGAGAAUCUCUCUGGUUAGUAGCUUUGCUGCAUCUCUUUUUCUUGGUGAUUAUGCAGCUAUUGACUACAGUGAUGGUUCAGGGAUGAAUUUAAUGGACAUCUUCAGUAAACAGUGGUCAGACACAUGUCUAAGAGCCACUGCACCUCAGCUGGCAGAGAAGCUGGCUAACCCCAAGUCAUCCACUACAGUUCUGGGCUCUCUUUCUCCUUAUUUUGUCAAGCGAUACGGGAUGCCAGAAGAUUGUAAAGUGGUGGCUUUCACUGGAGACAAUCCUGGAUCCCUAGCAGGAAUGCGCCUGCGGGAGGGAGAUAUAGCGGUGAGCCUGGGCACGAGUGACACUGUGUUUCUGUGGAUCAAAGAGCCCAGGCCUAUGGUGGAAGGACACAUCUUCUGCAACCCUGUAGACUGUCUAUCCUACAUGGCUCUGAUCUGCUAUAAAAAUGGUUCUCUGACUAGAGAAAGGAUCCGUAAUGAGUGUGCUAGAGGAUCAUGGGAAGAUUUCUCCACUGCCCUGAGGUCCAGCCCCACAGGGAACAAUGGAAACAUAGGAAUUUAUUUUGAUGCAGUGGAGAUCACACCUUCAGCGGUUGGGAUUUACAGAUUUGAUCAGCAUGAUAGAAACGUAUCUGCCUUCACCCCGGAGGUGGAAAUUCGAGCCCUGGUUGAAGGACAGUUCCUGGCAAAGAGGGUGCAUGCCGAAAAGUUGGGUUAUAGGAUUAUUCAAGGAACAAGAGUCUUGGCAACAGGAGGGGCCUCGUGUAACAAGGACAUACUUCAGGUUCUGUCUGACGUGUUCAACGCUCCAGUGUUCACCAUCGACGUGGCCAACUCUGCCUGUCUCGGCUGCGCCUACAGAGCUGUGCAUGGACUAGCUGCUGAAAUGGGAAUGUCAUUCGCAGAGGCAGUGAAUGAAGCCCCAGGAGCACAGCUUGCAGUGAGACCAACCCCAGGAGCUGAAAAGGUCUACGGCCCUCUCCUGAAGAGAUAUGCAUAUCUGGAAGAGAAGAUUCUUAAGCAGACGUCACCGUGAUUCAAACUACUCAGGGUUUUAAAGCGUCUCGGAGUUUAAUCAGCUCUGAACGGAAAAAGCCUUUAAUGUGAUUCUGUACGAACAGUGUUGUCUUGGAUUUCUGUGUGGAGAUGUGCACUGUGUAUGUGCACUGAUUAUGUGACUCACACUGUUCAGUGUUAAUUGUGGGCAGGAAGUAGCUCAGUGCGAUCAUUAAUUUGCCCUGACACAUCAAGUGUAAAUGUUGAACCUUUAUUUGUGUAACAGUUAUUCUAAUAUACGCUGUAAAACGAAGCAAAACAAUGGCUGAUAGGAGCUGUGUGACGUACCGUGAAUUAUAUAUAUAAUAUAUCCUUGUAUGUGUUUCAAAGAGACUUUGACCUAAGGCUGCAUUCUAUUAAUAAUAAUCCAUCUGAGUUCCACACAUUCCCACUCGCUGACACCAGUGUGCCUCGGCUGCCGCUUUAAAUCAAUUGGUCAUUAGUCUCCAGCUCCAGCCUUCGCCACUGUUAAAUGUGAAGUGUAUGAUAGUGUGCAUGCAUUAAUUUUGCAGUUCAGCAGAGAUAUAUAAUGUAUUUAAGGCACCACAUCAUCCAAUUAUUAAAACCAUCACUUUGCCACUGUU